AUGAAAUUACUAUCUGUAGAUCCACAAAACUAUGAAGAUGCGCCUAGAGAAGCUAUACGAAGAAUAUUGCAAGAGGAGACAGGUAAUGCUUUGGACAAAGAUGGAAAGGUAAAUUCAGGUUUGAUUGAGUCAAUACGAAUGGGAACUACCGUAGCGACAAAUGCAUUGCUAGAAAGAAAGGGUACAAAAAUGGCAUUGGCCAUUAAUAAAGGGUUUAAAGACUUAUUGUAUAUAGGAAAUCAGGCAAGACCACAUAUUUUUGAGUUGAAUAUAAAACGUCCUGAGGUCCUAUAUCAAGAUGUUGUGGAAAUUGACUGUAGAGUGAUACCAGCACUAGAAGACCGAUGCAAUAUUGAUAAAAAGAAAUUAAACUGGAAAGAAGUAUUUGGUACAACAGGUCAGAAGAUGUUGGUCACGAAAGAAGUGGAUGAAGAUGCGGUACGAAGAGAUCUAAAGAAGUUGCGAGAGAAAGGGAUCGAAAGUAUUGCUGUCGUGCUUGCACACAGCUACACUUACCAUGAUCAUGAAAUUAGAGUAGGGAAGAUUGCAACAGAAUUAGGAUUCAAGCAGGUGUCCCUUUCACACGCGGUGACGUCGAUGGUCCGGAUGGUGCCCCGCGGCUUCACCGCGUCCGCGGACGCUUACCUCACUCCUCACAUACGCGAGUACGUCAGGGGAUUCGCUGACGGGUUCACUGACGGCCUGAAGGGCGCGAACGUGCUGUUCAUGCAGUCGGACGGCGGACUGACGCCCAUGAAUUUAUUCAACGGUUCCCGUGCGAUUUUAUCUGGGCCGGCUGGUGGUGUAGUUGGAUACGCUAUGACGUCAUAUCAGAAGGAGACGGGUUUGCCAGUAAUAGGUUUCGACAUGGGCGGCACCUCGACCGACGUGUCAAGAUAUGCUGGUUCUCUCGAGCACGUGCACGAAGCGACCACCGCCGGUGUGACCAUACAAGCUCCGCAGUUGGACAUAAACACAGUGGCGGCCGGCGGUGGGUCGGUGCUGUCCUUCAGCUCUGGUCUCCUGGCGGCCGGGCCGGAGUCGGCCGGGGCUCAGCCCGGCCCCGCCUGCUACCGCAAGGGGGGCCCGCUCACCGUAACCGACGCCAAUCUGCUGCUGGGUCGCCUCUUGCCCGAAUAUUUCCCGAAAAUAUUCGGUCCCAAUGAAAACGAGCCGCUUGACAAACAGGCGACCGUAGAAGCAUUCAAGAAGAUUACGGAAGAAAUCAAUUCUUUCCUGAGGCAAGAUGGCGGGAAAGAGAUGACGAUGGAAGAGGUAGCUAUGGGUUUCAUCGACGUCGCCAACGAAGCCAUGUGCCGACCAAUCAGGGCGUUGACGACCGCGCGGGGCUACGACGCGUCCGCGCACGCGCUCGCCUGCUUCGGCGGCGCGGGGGGGCAGCACGCCUGCGCAGUCGCAAAGCAGCUCGGCAUCGCCACCGUGCUGCUCCACAAAUACGCCGGCAUUCUAUCCGCGUACGGCAUGGCGCUGGCGCACGUGGUGCACGAGGCGCAAAGACCGUGCGCUUGCGUCUACUGCCCGCAGCAGUUCGCGAGGCUGGACGCGGAACUGGACACGUUGGCGGCGGUCUGCCGCGACCAGCUGCGCGCCCAGGGCUUCGACGACACGCAGAUAGUCCUGGAACCGUACCUGCAUUUGCGUUACGCGGGAACGGACUGCGCACUUAUGGUCGCGCCCGUUAUGGACACCCGAUCCCCCACCUCCUGCGCCCACGGGGACUUUUACGCGGCGUUCAUAAACAGGUAUAGGAACGAGUUUGGCUUCACUUUGGCUGAAAGGGACGUUAUAGUGGACGACGUGCGCGUGCGCGGCGUCGGUAUGGGCCAGGUAGAAGAGCAAGUGGCGCCGCCUAGCGGGAAGGGUAUCGCACCCGUAGCCGAGAAGACGGUGAAGGUCUACUUCGAAGGCGGUUAUCAGGAUACGGCAAUACACCUGUUGGAGAAGCUGAUGCCCGAGCAGGUUGUCCCAGGACCCGCUAUCAUCAUGGACAGCCUGUCGACGAUUCUCGUGGAACCAGGCUGUCGCGCCGAAAUAACGGAGCACGGCGACAUGCGCAUAACGAUCGGCUCUGGGAGGGCCAAGAAGGUCACGGCGGAUCUCGACUCGGUGCGGCUGAGCAUCUUCUCGCACCGCUUCAUGUCGAUCGCCGAGCAGAUGGGCAGGGUGCUCCAGCGCACCUCGAUCUCCGUGAACAUAAAGGAGCGUCUGGACUUCUCCUGCGCCCUGUUCGGUCCGGACGGCGGCCUGGUCUCCAACGCGCCCCACAUCCCCGUCCAUUUGGGCGCCAUGCAGGACACCGUGCAGCAUCAGAUGAAAGUUCGAGGCGACAGUUUGAAGCCAGGCGACGUGUUACUGGCCAACCACCCAAAGGCCGGCGGCUCCCACCUCCCAGACCUGACGGUCAUUACUCCGGUGUUUCACAAGUCCCACCCCAGGCCGAUCUUCUUCGUGGCGUCGCGGGGCCACCACGCGGACGUGGGCGGCCUGACGCCCGGCUCGAUGCCGCCCCACUCCACUACCCUCGCGCAGGAGGGCGCCGCCUUCAGCUCCUUCCUGCUGGUGGACGGCGGCAGGUUCGAGGAGGAGAGCCUGGUUCGAGAGCUGACGGCGCCCGGGAAUGUUCCCGGUUGUUCCGGCACGCGGAACUUGGCGGACAACCUUUCAGAUCUCAAGGCGCAGGUUGCCGCAAACCAGAGGGGCAUCCAACUAGUGACGGAGCUGAUAGAAGACUACGGUCUGGAUGUAGUCCAGGCAUACAUGGCGCACAUCCAGAAGAAUGCGGAGCUAGCCGUUCGAGACAUGCUCAAGGUGAUAGCGAGGAAUGCCAUCGAAAAAACUGGAUCAGCUGUGCUGAAGGCCACGGAGUACAUGGACAACGGAACUCCGAUAGUCCUCACAGCGACCCUGGAUAAGGACAACGGCAGCGCGGUUUGUGAUUUUACGGGGACGGGGGUGGAGGUGUGGGGUAACCUGAAUGCUCCGCGCGCCAUCUCUCUGUCGGCGCUAAUCUACUGUUUGCGCUGUAUGGUCGGCCGUGACGUCCCACUUAAUCAGGGCUGCUUGAAUCCUAUAAAAGUAAUAAUACCGACGGGAUCGAUCCUCGAUCCGUCUGAAACCGCUGCGGUGGUGGGGGGCAACGUGCUUACGUCGCAACGCAUCGUUGACGUCGUCCUCAAGGCUUUUCAGGUCUGCGCGGCAUCCCAAGGCUGCAUGAACAACUUGACCCUGGGCGAGGCCAGCUGGGGAUAUUACGAGACCGUGGCUGGUGGCAGCGGAGCCGGUCGCGGCUGGAACGGCGCUGGCGGUGUGCACACCCACAUGACCAACACCCGCAUCACCGACGUGGAGAUCGUGGAGACGCGCUACCCCCUGCUGGUGGAGACCUUCUCCCUGAGGGAGGGCUCCGGUGGGAAGGGGCGCUGGAGUGGUGGGGAUGGGGUGAGGAGGGAGCUCGUGUUUAGGCGCACGGUGCAGUUGUCGGUGUUGACGGAGCGCCGCGCCUUCCAGCCAUACGGGAUGGACGCUUUCGUAAUAAUGAGCUCCCCGGGUGGCGGCGGAUACGGCCGCCCAACGGAUUGCAACGCCGGCGAAUCACAAUACAGUCACAAGUACGGAGAGUUUCUGAUGAGGGGAAGCCUCUACGAGUACAAGAGCGCACAAGAAUCGGUU